AUUCACUGAGAAUCAUUUGAGGAGAGGAUGGCCCCAGGAAGAGUUUCUUUACUAAAGAAGAGCUCUAAAUACUUGAAAGGAUGGGAAUAAAAAGUUGGUAAGAAGAGGAGAAGAAAAACAGACAGAGCAACCAUGAGCCCACUGGGUGUGCUGAGAGAGGCUCUGAGGGGUCAGAGGGCGAGGGAGAAGGACCUCCGCAACUUGGUGUCCAAUCUGCCUUAUGAGGGCCUGGAGAAGGGGAAGCAGCCCAACCGCUACUUCCCUGGCAACGCCAUCAAGACCACCAAAUACACCCUCCUCCUCUUCAUCCCCAUGAACCUUUUUGAGCAGUUUCACCGCCUGGCCAACCUUUACUUUGUGGGCCUUGCCAUUCUAAAUUUUGUCCCUGUGGUGAAUGCCUUCCAGCCAGAGGUAGCUCUAAUUCCCAUCUGUGUCAUCCUGUGUCUGACGGCCCUAAAGGACGCCUGGGAAGACUUCAGGAGGUACCAGUCGGACAGGAAGCUCAACAACAUGCCAUGUUUAAUCUACAGCAGGAAAGCAAAACAGUUUAUGGAGAGGCAUUGGAAAGAUGUCCGAGUGGGCGAUUUUGUGAAGGUGGUUUGUAAUGAGAUUGUUCCUGCAGACCUCCUCCUCAUCCACACAUCAGACCCCAGUGGUGUAUGUCACAUAGAGACAGCCAACCUGGAUGGGGAGAGCAACCUGAAGCAGAGGAGGGCGAUGUCUGGCCUCUGUAUCUCGGAUCCUGAAUUUGAACCAGAAAGUUUCAACAGCAUUGUGGUGUGCGAAAGACCCAACAAUAAUCUGAAUCAUUUCAAGUGCUAUGUAGAGAAACCUGAUAAGGAGAAGGUGGGCGCUGGAAUUGAGAGUCUGCUGCUGCGAGGCUGCACAGUGAGAAACACGGACUACGCUGUUGGUUUUGUGGUGUAUGCAGGCCAUGAAACCAAGUCCAUGCUCAACAACAAUGGACCAAGAUACAAGCGCAGCAGGCUAGAGCGGAAGCUGAACAUGGACGUCAUCUUCUGCUUCGUUCUCCUCUUCACCAUGUGUCUUGUUGGGGCACUGGGUCAUUUCUUAUGGCUAAAGGCACUGCCUGGUGUGCCCCCUUACUUGGUCCCCAACAGCAACGGUCUCCUGGACAGUCCCAGUCUGUCUGGCUUCUACAUGUUCUUCACUAUGAUCAUCCUGCUGCAGAUCCUGAUUCCAAUCUCCCUGUACGUGUCCAUUGAGUUGGUGAAGAUAGGUCAGAUCUUCUUCAUCACUAAUGACAUCGAUCUGUACGAUGAGGAGACAGACAGCCGCGUGCAGUGUAAGGCUCUGAACAUCACAGAGGACCUGGGACAGAUCGAAUAUAUCUUCUCAGACAAAACAGGCACCCUCACUGAGAACAAGAUGGUAUUUCGCAGAUGCUCCAUCAUGGGCACAGAGUACCCACACAAAGAAAACGCCAUCCGCCUAGCUGUCCUUGAAGAUCCAGAGUCAGAGGAGAACAUCAUCUUCAACCAGCAGCCACAACCCCCAAAGACUGGUUGGUCCCUGGAUACUGAGGACACCAACCCCGAGGACACGCAACAUAGCCACAGCCAUCAACGCAAGAGCAAGAUCACAGGAAGAGCCCAGAGUGAUGUGGCCUUCAGCAGUCCACUGGAAACAGAGGUGAUUCCAGACAGGAAGCUGUUUCAGGAGAUUAGCAGGGCAGAGAGCAGCCUUAGCAGCAGCAGCAGCGACAGCCGGAAGAUAGAUCCUUACCUGGACUUUUUUCUGGCUCUCGCCAUUUGCAACACGGUGGUGGUUUCCAUGGCAACAGCUCAAAGACGGAGGGUGAGUGGGUUUCCAUGCUCCCAUCAGACCAAUAACCCACUGGAUACUUUGUCCAGCCUGGCAAAAACGUCUGGCUCUCUUUGCCGUAUUUUUACUUCUUGGCAGCACAAGCCCAAGAGAAAGCGUACCGUCUCAGAGGACUCAGUUACACAGGACCAUUUUAACCCUCCUGUAAAAGUCAAUGGAGAAGUCAGUGGCCUCCAGACAUGUUCACUAUAUGCUCCAAACCAAUGCAAGAAGUCUGCAACUGCCUCAGAUAAUCUGAGCUAUGAGGCAGAGAGCCCAGAUGAAGCAGCUCUGGUGUAUGCAGCCAAGGCAUAUGGCUUCACUCUGCUGGCCCGCACCCCUGACAGCGUGACGGUGAGGCUACCGUCUGGGGAGGACCUUGUGUUUGAGGUGCUGGACACCUUGACCUUUGACUCCAUCAGGAAGAGGAUGUCUAUUUUGGUGCGACACCCAAUCACCAAAGAGUAUGUGCUGUAUACUAAAGGUGCAGACUACGCCAUAAUGGAGCUACUUGGCACACCAUAUGCAGAACAUCUGCCGGGGUAUCAGAAGAAAAUAGCAGCAGAUACGCAGCAUCACCUGGACUGUUAUGCCAAAGAGGGACUGCGUACACUUUGCUUUACAAAGAAGGUUGUGAGUAUAAGGGAGUAUGAGAGCUGGUUAGUGAACAGACAAAGAGCUCUGGCUGCUAUAGACAACAGAGAGGAGCUUGUUAUGGAAACAGCUGUGCAACUUGAGACAAACCUCUCGCUGCUAGGAGCGACGGGCAUCGAGGACCGUCUGCAGGAGAGCGUCCCAGACACCAUCGUGGCACUGAGGGAGGCAGGGAUCCAGGUGUGGGUGCUGACUGGUGACAAGCCGGAGACAGCUGUCAACAUUGGCUAUGCCUGCAGGCUACUGGAAGAAGAAGACCUGGUGAUUAACAUGAGCUGCAGAAACAAGCUCACAUGCACGUCCAUUUUGGACUGCACACUGGAAGAGGUGAGGAGGUACAGUGAAGAUCCUCGUAAUGUGGAUACAACCCCAAACAUCUCUCUGGUGAUUGACGGACGCACCCUGACCAUGGCUCUGUCUUCAGACCUGCAGGACCGCUUUGUGGACCUGGCGAAACGCUGCCGCUCUGUGCUCUGCUGUAGAGUCACGCCCUUACAGAAGAGCGGAGUGGUGAGGGUGGUCAGGGAGAAACUGAAGGUCAUGACCCUCGCUGUUGGUGAUGGUGCGAACGAUGUCAACAUGAUCCAAGCAGCUGAUAUCGGCAUCGGGAUAUCCGGUCAGGAGGGCAUGCAGGCGGUGAUGGCGAGUGAUUUCGCUAUAUCUCGCUUUAAACACCUCAGAAAGCUUCUUCUCGUUCACGGACACUGGUGCUACACUCGACUGGCCAACAUGAUCAUUUACUUUUUCUAUAAGAAUGCGGCCUAUGUGAAUCUCCUGUUCUGGUAUCAGUUCUUCUGUGGCUUCUCCGGCGCUGCCAUGAUCGACUACUGGCUGAUGAUUUUCUUCAACCUCUUCUUCACUUCUGCACCACCCAUUAUGUUUGGGAUAAUGGACAAAGAUGUUUCUGCAGAGAUGCUGCUAGGUGUUCCUGAGCUGUACAGGACCGGACAAGGCGCAGGGGAAUACAAGUUUUCGACUUUCUGGCUUUCCAUGCUCGAUGCCUUCUAUCAGAGUCUGGUGUGCUUCUUUAUUCCAUACUUGGCCUACCAGGAUUCAGACAUUGAUGUUUUUACAUUUGGAACUCCUCUGAACACAGUCUCGUUAUUUACCAUCCUGCUGCAUCUGUCAAUAGAGAUCAAAGCCUGGACGGUGGUUCACUGGGUAAUCAUUGUGGGCAGUGUGGCUCUGUACUUCAUUGUGACGCUUGCCUACAGUGCCAUCUGUGUCACCUGUAACCCUCCAUCCAACCCGUACUGGAUCCUUCAGAGCCAGAUGGCCGACCCCAUGUUCUACCUUAUCUGCAUCAUCACCACUGUGGUGGCUCUGCUGCCCAGGUACAUGUUUCACGUGCUGAGGAACUCUAUCAGCCCCUCCCCGCUAGUGCAAGCCAGGCAUCUGGACCGGCUGGAGCCCUCCACCAAGAGCCAGUGGAUCAAGGAGUGGAGGAGCUUCAGGGGCGGAGGGGAGGUCAAGCGCUCAAGGCUGUCUACCCCACCCUCUCCCACCCUGGAGGAUCCUGAGAACAUUUAUUCCUGGUCUCCCACUGCCCCUGGUGUCAUGGGGGAUGAAUUCACACUGAACGUUAUUACUGGAAACUACGCAAACACAACAACUAUCUCUACGAGUAUAAGAAACAGAGACUUGUUGGCAACUUGAAGGAUUAUUUAUUCUGAAAUUUGUAAAUAUUUUGAACGGACUCAUAUCCCAGUAUAGAGUCGUUUCAUAUUUGUGUGGGGUGAUCUUACAUAAAUGCAAUCAGGGAGAAACUCGCUUCCUCUCUGACUUGUGACAAAUCAUCAGUUGGGCUGAUGAGUUCAUUUUGUAAUAAACUGCUUGACAAAAAAGCA